AUGGCCAAGGGCCGCGGCAGAGGCAGAGGUCGCGGAGGUCGCGGUAAGAAGAAAGGCAAAGGCAAAGGCAAGGGCGGAAAAGGCGGAAAGAGUGGCGCAAAGGGAGGAAAGAAAAAGGAUCAAGCUCAGAAGAGUGCCAAGAAGCGAGAUCAAGAAUUGAAGCGUGCAGCUGAGCAUGUUGGGGAGACCUCCCGUCGACAGCGGCAGCGGCUGAGCGAUGGCUUCAUCCCGCGGGAUGAGCAAUCGAUUUAUGUCCGCAACCUGCCCGAGACCUUGCAGUCGAAGCAUGAGUUGAAGGAGGCGCUCCGGAAGUUUGGUGAAGUCACGCACGUCCACCUCGAGCAUCGCUUGAAAUUUGGAUUUGCUCGCUUCGGGACGAAAGAAGGUGCAGAUGCUGCGAUGCAUGCCGGGAAAGUCCUGGUCUUGGACAAAGAGAUUGAGAUAUGCUCUGCUCAGAAGGAGCAGCGAUAUCAGAAAGACCCCCUGACCGAAGAUGAAAACGAAACUGAGGCCGAGGACAACGCUGCAAGCCAUGCGGCAAGCGAUGCCGCGGAAGACGCGGCGGCAGACGCCCCGGAGAUGGACGGGAUGGAUUACCGGCGAGACUUGGAAUCUGGUUCGGAGGCUUCAAUGGCCAGGGAAGAGUCUUGGGCGCGCCAGGACAUGUCAGAACCAGAGGCAGAGGAAGCCGAGCUCGCUGAAAGAAACCGGGUACUGGGCAUACUCGAGGCCAUUCGCUUUUCCACCGCAGAGGUGCUGCGCAAAGCCAACAGCAAGCUGGCCCUGUCCGAGCUGGAAUCUUGCUCAGACAUCACCCAGCUCAAAGAGGAGCUGCCAGGCAAGAGCGCCCUAGUGCAAAUCCUUCGGGCGCUUGGGAGCAGUUUCAAAGUCAAAGACAGGGGCGACGGCGUCUUCAUGGUGUCCCUGACGAAGAUCGACAAGGCACCACUCCGCGCCAAGGUGGCAGAUGCCUUUCUUGCUUCGGAUGGCAGCGGCAGGGCGCCCGCCUCCAAAUCUCGUCGCAAUGCCCGCAAGCCUGCGAAAGGCAAGGGGAAGGGCGGCAAGUCAAAGGGGAAAGCGAAGGGCAAACAUGGUAAAGGAGAAGGGGCAGGAAAAAAGCUGAAAAAGAAGCCGAUUGUCGUCAAUUCCAAGCGAAAGCGAGAGGAAUCCCCUGAGUCCGAGGCCCAUGAGGUGCGGUCCAAUCCUCGUGGUGGUGAUGCAGCCGCUUCGCCCACUCCGCCAGCAUCACCUCGCAGGAGGCCACAGUCACCCCCGGCUCUUUCUUACAGGAUCGACCCCCCAGUGCCAUCACCCCCACCAGUACCGACGCCCGCACCACCGCGGCCACCGCCUGUGCCCUUGCCUCCACCUGCGCCCUUGCCCUUGCCCCCACCAGCAAAGGCCACAAGCCCUCCACCAACACAACCUGCACCCCGUGCACCCCUGCCUCCACCGCCACCUGCAGCGCCAGAGCCUCUGCCCAAUCCUGCACCCCUGCCACGGCCUGCACUCCCCGUGCCUCGGCCACCGCUCCCAGCCCCGGCCCCCCCGGCUCCUCCCCCGGCACUUUCACUUCCAAUGACCCCUGCCCCAACAAGCUCUACACCAGCCGCCCAACCACCUCCACCGCCACAACUCUCUGGGGAACCCGCCACAGCGAUCGGAACGUCUGAAACCUCACGGCCCAAGCACAAAGCAUCAGCUUCAGCUCAAGCGCCAAACGUGUCAUCUCAUGUUCCGACAGCGUGGCUUCCACCAGCGGCUGUCCAGCCGAUGCAGUCAGCAAGGACACCUGGAACCGUGCCGCCACGUUCACUGCCAGAACCUGCAGUGCCACCACCCCGGGCAGAGGUAACUGCCAUGCCAUCCCCAAGAGCUGCAGCUGCAGAACUUCGCAUGCCUCCAUUCGUGCUUCCACAGCCACCACCAGCGGGGCCUGCAGCGGUUGCCCCUCGUGCGACAUUUCAGCCGCACCAGCCACCACCUGCACCACCACCUCCACCAGCAGCAGCACCUGCAGUGUGCCAUUCAGGGCAGCGGCCGCCACCUCCUCCAGCGGCUCUUCUGCCUGGAGCUGCUCCUGCAGCGAGAGCUCCACUCCCGCCUCCGGCACCUGUACCUCCAAGUCCCAGCCCUCCACCUCCAAUACUCCCACAAGGGUACGGCCCGUCAGUGCGCUCCGUCCCAGAACCUCCACCCCCACCGCCACCACCGCCCGCACCCCCACGACAAUCCUUGCAACCCCCCUCAAUCAGCUCUGAGCCACCAACCGAGGGUGCCGCCCCGAAGCGAAGGCCGCCACGGCCAUCUGUGGCUCCGCACCUGCGCUGA